GCAAGAUUUUACCAUUCUAAUCUGUACAAGAUUCCUCAAAUGACGUUAUUUGAUGCCUCUGUUCUAUUAUUUUUAAAAAAUAAAAUAAAAGUACUCCAUAGAAACCAUAAAACAUAGAGCAAAUCCGAUAUAUGCAAAUGGAGGGCACUGUUAAAUGCUCAGCAAACUGCGUGCCGUUGAGUCCCAUAAGCUUCUUGGAAAGAUCAGCUAUUGUGUAUAGGGAUAGGCUCUCUAUUGUUCAUGGAAAUGUAAAGUUUACUUGGGGAGAGACCCGUCAAAGGUGUCUCCGACUUGCUUCUGCUCUCACCCUCCUCGGGAUUUCUCGUCGCGAUGUCGUUGCUGCCUUGGCUCCGAAUGUUCCUGCAAUGUAUGAGCUACACUUUGGAGUACCAAUGGCGGGGGCAGUUCUUUGUGCACUUAAUACGCGUCAUGAUUCAGCAAUGGUCUCUGUGUUACUUAAACAUUCAGAGGCCAAAAUAAUAUUUGUAGAUUACCAGUUGCUGGAUGUUGCUAAGGGUGCAUUAAAUAUUCUGUCAAAGGCAAGUGCCAAGUUGCCACAUCUAAUCUUGAUCUCUGAUAGUGAGAGUCAGUUAUCCAGUAAUAAGAAUAAUAGGAGCUUGGCUCCCAAAAAUCUGGAGUAUGAGUCCUUUUUAGCUACUGGAGAACCUAAUUUUGAGAUAGUAUGGCCAAAUGAUGAAUGGGAUGCUAUUGCUCUCAAUUAUACCUCGGGGACAACAUCGAGUCCAAAAGGGGUCAUCUAUAGUCACAGAGGGGCAUAUCUUAAUUCUCUGGCUGCAGUUCUUCUUGCUGAAAUGGCUUCAAUGCCUGUCUAUUUGUGGACUCUUCCCAUGUUUCAUUGCAAUGGAUGGUGUCUUACUUGGGCUUUGGCAGCACAGGGUGGCACAAACAUUUGCCUUAGAAAUAUCACUGCAGAAGGGAUUUUCGACAGCAUAGUUCAGCACCAAGUGAAUCACAUGGCUGGCGCACCUACGGUUUUGAACAUGAUAAUAAAUGCACCACAAAGUGUCCAAAAACCACUUCCAAGGACAAUAAACGUGAUGACAGGCGGUGCACCACCUCCUCCUCAAGUGCUACUCAAGAUGAAGGAGCUCAAUUUCAAUGUUAUUCACGGAUAUGGUCUAACGGAAACCUAUGGUCCAGCAACUGUUUGCGCUUGGAAACCUGAAUGGAACUUUCUAUCACCUGAUGAGCAGGCUAAGAUCCAGGCUCGUCAAGGAGUGAACCAUCUUGGAAUAGAGAAAGUAGACGUGAAGGAUCCCGAAUCAAUGAAGAGUGUACCCUCAGAUGCAAAAACAAUG